AUGGAGGAUAAUAGUAAUAGUAAUAGUAAUAGUAGUAAUAAUAAUAGUAAUAAUAAUAAUAACAGUAGUAAUAAUAGCUCAAAUAAAAAUGAAAGCCCAAAUAAGAAUGGAUCAUUUGUUAAAGGUUUAGUUGAUAGUUUAAAUAAAUCCACCCAGAUCAUAAAAAAUAAAAUAGGUCACCAUCAUAGUCACAGCAGUUCAAAUAGCGGCGAUGAAUCUGGUUCAGGGAAUAGUAAAAAUUUAUAUAGAAAAACAAAUAGUACUAAUAAUACAGAAAACAAUGGUAACAGCAGUAACAUUAACAAUAGCAAUAGUAUUGAUGAUGUUAACAAUAACACAAAUUCAAACUCUACACCAGUUUCUACAAAUACAACACCUACAAAUAAUAACAGUCCUAUAAAUUUAAGAAGAAGUAGGGUAAAUAGUGAAGGCGGGACAGCAAAUAAUAGUCCAAGUAAAAACAGCAAUAAUAAUACUUGUGGAUCGACAGCAUCAAUUAAUAAAAAUGCAUCAAGUUCUAUAAAAUCAAUUGCAAAUAGUUUUAAUUCAAAUGUUAAUAAAUCUUCAGAGAAUUUAAAUUCGAGUAGUGAAAAUGUUUCACCACAGUCAGCAAAUCCCACUUCGGUCACACCUAAUAUAGUUUCUUCACCAACAAACACCAGUCAAUAUAAAUCAGAAAAUUCAUUACAAUCUCAAACUACAAAUUUUUUAAAUAGGUCAAACGAUAAAAUAUUGUUAAAUAAAUUUCCAUCGAACCCCAACCUAAAUAAAGAGUUAACAGAGUUACAACAACAUAAACAAAAGCAGCAACAAAUUCUACAGGACUAUGAAAAAUCAUUAAAAGAGAAAAUUCAGAAUUGGGCAACUUUAAAAUCAAAUUAUAAAAAUAAAAUUAAUGACAUUGAAUUAAAUCAAAUUGAAACUUCUUUUGGAAGAGGGGAGGGAUCAGAUCAUACAUUCAAUGACAAAACUGUAUCAAUAAAACAUUUUACUAUAACAUUACAAAAAACUUUACUACCAUAUGGAAUCAACUCUCCAGUUCCAUCAUCUACAUCAAGCUCACCCAAACCCACCGAGGAUAUAAUAACAACAUUUUCAGAAAGCUCCGAAGUUUCAAUAGAGAGUGGAAUCUCUUCAUCGACUAAUAAUGGAAGCGAUUCAUGUGUUUCAGCAAGUCAUUUAAAUUCGAAUCAAAGUAUGAAGUCAUCUUCAUGUUCAUCUCCUGGUAACACAUUCAAUAAAUGCAUGGAAUUUUUAAUUAUAUAUAUAGAAGAUCAUAGUACAAAUGGUACAUUUAUAAACGGUACCCAGUUAAAGAGGGGCGAAAAAGUUCAAUUAGAAGAAAAAUCAGUUAUUUCCUUAUCUACACCAGAUUCAAAUUCAUUAUCCUUUACAUUUGAAAGCAAAAUCAACCAAUUAUCAGACGAAGAAAAAUCGAAAUUAUUAAAAGUAAUUCAAAUUAAACCGACAGAUUUAGAUACACCCGAAUCAUCUCAACAAAAUACCCCCAAAUCAGGUAGUGGAAUUGUAAUAGCUGGAAAGAGAAUUGUUAGAUCAGGUUCAUUUAAAAAUCCGUCCCAAAACAAACCAGAACAGUUUACCAGUUUAUUAAAGAUGGACCCAGGAUUAAAGAAUUUACAAUUAUUAAAUCAAUGUAUAAAAUCAAAUGAUGAUCAAUGGAGAGAACAAUUAAUAGCCACUGAUACAAUUUCUUUGGUUGUAGAUAUAAUAUCUCAUAAUAAUAAGAAAUCUAAAUUUAAUGAAUUGGAUUUGCAAAUAGAUAUCGAAGCAAUUGGUAUAUUGUCAUUGUUAUCGAAAUUACCUAGUGGAAUCAAACAAAUAUCAAAAUCCCAUGAAAAUAGUUUUACAGAUUUAUCAUUGGUAUUAAUUAAUUCUUUACAUCAAUCGAAAAUAAAAACAUUAUUGUUACAGUUAUUUAUAGCAUUAAGCCUAAAUGAAGUUUCAAAUAGAAUGAUUUUAUCAUCAAUAGAAAAAAUUCAAAAUAUUAAGAGAGAUAGAUUAAAAUUCAAAUGGUUCUUUGAAAGUAUGGUGUUUGAAUCGGAUUCAGAUUAUAAAUUGUAUAGUAUAACUUUAAUAAAUAGUUUAAUUGUGGGUUGCAAGAAUGUUCAGUCAAAAUCAAAAAUAAAAUCAGAAUUAGAAAGUUUAGGUUUACAAAAAAUUCAAGACUUGUUAAUGUUUGAAAAUUCUAGAGAAAUGGGAAUUCAAAUAAAUAAGUUUAAUAGCUUUUUCAAUAACAGUGAAAGUAGUAGCGGCUCUAAUCAAAAGAAUUUCAAUUGUAAAACUUUAAAUUUGAAAGAUCCAAUCUCUCUAUGUUUAUUAUUACAAAACGAAUUAAAAGAAUCACAGCUAUCCAAGUUACCAACAUCACCAUCAGCGAAAGAAAAAGAUUCGCCGCAAGAAAUAGAGCAAGCUAAUUCAUCUACAUUUACAUCAAUUUUAAAUGAUUUAUAUACAAUUACAAACAAUACCAGUAGUAAAGAAACUAAAAAUAUUGAUCCAGCUUUAGCUCUAAAUUUAUUAUCCGAUUUUGCAAAAACAAUUUCAAAUGCCUUAACAAAUGAAGACGAAUAUAAAAAAUCUUUGCCACUAUUAGAGGAGAAAUUUAAAAAAUUACCAGGUUGUUCAAUGGUCCCAAAGUCAGAGACGGGAGGUAUUUCAAAUAAUACAGAAAUAAAACCUUCAGCUCCACCACCUCCACCAGCGGCAGUUAAAGAUGAAGAUAAAACAAAUAAUACUCCGACAGCUGACCCACCACCAGCUACAGAUUUAAAUGAAAAAAAAGAAGAAUCAACCUCAUCUGCUCCACCACCACCAGCUCCAGCUCCGCCACCAGCUCCACCACCACCUCCAGUCAAAGGUGGCGCAUCAAGUGGAGGACCUCCUCCACCUCCUCCACCCCCAGUCAAAGGGGGUCCACCACCACCCCCACCACCACCGGGUGGUAAAGCUGUAUCAAAAGUUAAAGAAGAGGUUCCAAGUGUACCAAUGAAACAGCUUUUUUGGAGCAAAAUAACAGCAAAUAAAACCUCUAAAACAGUUUGGGAGGAUAAAGUAGAAAAAAUUGAAUUAGAUAAACCACAGCUUGAAACUCUAUUUUGUCAAAAAAAAGUUACAGCCAAAUCAAAUGAAAAAGCUAGUGAAGAAAAAAUCAAAGUUAGUUUAAUUGACCAAAGAAGAUCACAGAACAUUGGAAUUUUAUUAUCAAAAUUCAAGUUAACACCAAUUUGGGUAAUUGAUUGUUUAACUUCGAUGGAUGAAAAGAAACUUACAAAAGAUUUGGUUAAUGUUUUAAUUAAAUGUGUUCCAAAUCCCGAGGAAGAAGAACUUUUAAAAAAGUUUGAGGGGGAUAAAAACACUCUUUCCCCAAUUGAUCAGUUCCUCAUGGAAACUUUAAAAGUACCAAAAAUUAGAGAAAGAUUGGAUUGUAUAGUUUAUAAAACACAAUUUGACACAUUAAUUCAAGAAGUGAUUGUUGGUGCCAAGCUCGUAGAAAGUGUUAGUAAUUCAAUAAUGAAAUCUACUCCAUUCAAAGGUUUGCUUCACAUAAUCCUCAGGGUCGGUAAUUAUAUGAAUGCUGGUUCAAGUAGAGGUGGUGCCAAUGGUUUUAAAAUGAAAUUUAUUUUAACUAUCUCAAAUACCAAGUCAUUAGAUAAUAAAUCUACACUCUUAAACUAUAUUGUCCAAUUUGUAUCUGAAAAGUACCCAGAUUUUUUAGUUACAAACUCAACAAUACCACAAUUAGAAGCGGCGUCUAGAAUUGUAUGGAGUGAACUAUUGGGUCAAUUCGAGCAAUUAAAAGUCGGUAUGUCAACAGUACAAAAAGAAUUAGAUCUCCAAAUUAAACAAAUAGGUAGUGAUAAUUUUACCAAUAAGUUCAAGAAAUUUACUGCAUCAAAAACUCCUCAUCUAGAUAGUUUACAAAUUUUUAUUAAACAGGUCGAAGAGACAUUCCAAUCGGCAAUGAAAUAUUUUUGUGAAGAUAGUAUGCAACCAGAAGAAUUUUUCCAAACCAUUUUCAAUUUUAUUAAUCAAGUGGUAAAAUCUCAUAAGGAAAAUGAAGAUAUUAGAAUUGCUAAAUUACCUAAAUCAAAGAAAUACUCUGAUUCAAAGAAUAAAGAUAAAGGUAAAAGUAACUCAAAUAAUAAACAAAGUAUUGUUUCAGUUGUUCCAUCAAACGAUGAGGCCUCGUCAUCAACAAUUGAUAAGAACCUUAAAAAGAAUGACAGUGCACAUAAUGACUCACCAAAAUUAAAAUUCCUAUCAAAAUUAAGAAAGAAAAAAGCUGGAAAAGAAUCAAAUGAUGAUCAAUCUGACCCAACUUCAUUACCUGCCUCUCCAUCCGCAUUCUCACCAAUUAUGAAGCAAAAUAAUAGUAGUAGUAAUAACAAAUCUUUCCUAUCAUCUAUUUCACCUAUCUUUAGAUCACCUAAAUUUAAAGUUUCAUCGAUAUCACCAAAAUUAAGAGCUAAACUUAAUUCAAUUUCAAAAUCAUUUGGUAAAGAUAGAUCAUCUCCUUCAAUGUCACCAUUCACAUCAGAAAAUAUAAGUGAAAAAGCUUCAAUUUAUGAUAAGAGUGUCCAAGCUUCUAAUGCAUCAUCAAGUAAUAAAAAUGAAUUAAAGAAAGAAUUAAAUGAAAUUAAAUCAAACUCAAUAGAAAAAUAUAAAACAAUUUUUAAUAACAAUAACAAUAACAAUAAUAACAAUACUAAUGAAAAACAUGGUCAUACUAAAUCGCUUUCUACUGGUGGUUCAAAGAAAAGAGUUCCAUUAUUACCAAAUACUCAAGAUAUAGGACCCAAAACUCAUUCUAGAUCAACCUCAUAUUCGCCAAAUAGUAAAAUUAAUUCUCAAUUAAUGUCAAAUCCAUUUAUUAUGUUAGAGCAAAAACAAAAAGAAGAAAAAGAAAAUAAACCAAUUGAUAAUGGAAAGCCAACUAUUCCAAAAAUGUGGUCACUUAAACCAAAUGCAGCUAAUAAAAACAUUGAUAAUACUACCAACACUAAUACUACCAACACUAAUAAUAACAACAUUAAUAAUAACAACAUUAAUAAUAGUAUCAAUAACAAAAAUAUUAGUAACCAUAAUAAUGAAGCAGUUGCUAAAUUAAAUUCAAACGAAAAUGUUAAAGAUUUUAGAGAUAUUAAAUUAAAAACAACAGGAGUUAUUGAAGAAGAAAGAAAACAAUAUUCACAAAGACAAUUUAAAACUUAUGGUACUGCUUCAGGUAGAAAAACAAAUUUAUCAACUAAUAAAUUUAGAAAUAGUUUACGUCCAUUCCAUGCUAGACAAUUAAAUGAUAGUGGUAGUAGCAUUAGUAGUAUAGGAACAAGUGUUGGAAGUAUUAGUAGUUUUGGUAGUAGUUUAAACAAUUCGCCAAAUACCUUUGGUGAUUCUUUUGAAAUGUUCCAAAGAGAAAGUAAUAUUAAAAUUGGAUCUAUUAAACAAAAACUACUAUUAAAACAAACCCAACUAAAACCAACUAGAACUGAUUCUUCAAGAAUUAAAAGAGGAAACAAUGUUGCCCAUAAAGUUAAACAGGUUGAAAACACAAGUCCAGUUUCAAACUCACCACCUAAAUCAAAUCUUAGUGCAGUUCGUCGUCGUAAUAACUCAAUAAACAGAAAGUCCUCCAAUUCCUCUAUUAAAUCAAAUACUUACAGUACUAUUACAAGCACUAUAAGUACAUUAUCUGAAAGAUCAAUUAAUGAUGAUGCUCCAAACCCAAUUUCACAUAAUAACAAGGUCUUAUUAAAUACAAACCCAAUAGAACCAUUAUUUAAACUACACAAAGUAAACAUAAAUGAUAGUGCAAAUAUUAAUUCAAAUAGCAGUACAAAUAACUUGGAUAAUAAUAAUAAAACUAAUCAAUCUAAAGAUAAUUCUCCAAGUACAAAGAACAUAUUAAUAUCACCGGUAUCUGCUACUUCAAACUCUUCAAACUCUUCAAAUUCUGUUAGAGCAACCAUUUCUCCAAAAACUAUUGAAAAUGGUUCAGUCGCUUCCUCCUCAUCAACAAGUACCCCAGCUUCUCAACAAUCAGACUAUUCAUCUAUCGAUAAAACAUCUUCAUCAUCCUCACCCCAAUCAAUGGCCUUCUUAAGACCAACAUUAAAGAGUGUUUCUAAACAAAACAAUGGUUCAAACAUUCCAUCAUCUGCCUCUACCUUCAGUGGUUCUAAUAAUUCAUCACCAACCAGUGAUAAUUUAAAUAGUAAUAACAAUACAACUUUUAAUAGAAAGACACCAGAAAUUGUUACUCCACCUACCACUGCACCAAAAUUAAAGAAGGAAAUCAAAUUUACAAACACAGUAUCAAAUAAUGUUUAUACCUCUCCUCCUAAAGAGAAUACAUUUGCUAAUAUUUUCAAAUCAAAGAACCAUAAGAAAUCACAUUCAUAUGCUGUAAAUGAAAAACCAAAUAGACCAGAAGAUUAUUAUGAGGAUACUAAUAUGAACGUUGAGGAUUAUCCAUCAUCAGCUAAUACAUCUUCAUCUGUAAUGCCAUCAGAUUUAUUACCACCACAACACCCUGGUAGGUCAAGUGAAAAGUUUAAAAAACCUAAAAAAGCAAUUAACAAGAUAAAAGAUUUCUCAAAGAAACUAUUUUCGCAUAAAAAAUCCAAAUCAGUGGACUCAAUACCAGGAAAUAUUAGUAACAAUGAAACAACGACCCCAGGCCACAAACAUUCACAAUCAUUAGAUGAGUCCCCAACUAUACCAGUUCAUAAUCCAUCACCGCCAUUAAAAAUUAAUAGUAAUGAUUCAUCACCAUCAUCCUCAAAGCUAUCUUCAAGCUCGUCACCUGGUGGAUCAUCAGUUUCAUCUAAAUUAUCACCUGGUGGAUCCUCAACAACCUCAUCUCAAAAGACCCCAGAUUAUUUUGACUCUAAAAAGAUCUUAACCCCCGAACAACUAGGAAUUUCAAAAUUUGAUGUCCCAAUGGUUAUAUCAAUCCCAUCAAACAUACCAAUAUCAAAAUGUUAAUAUGUAUUAUAUUAAGUUAAAAAUAAAUCAAUUUAGAUUCCAAU